AUGAUAGCAAUGUUGUUCAACCCCGAUCGGUCGUUGGAAGCGCUAAGUGGAAUGGUGAACUCAUUGAAAAAAUCCGUAGAGACGCGAUUCUUUUCAAUAGAAUCCAUGGACAUUUACCACUACUGCGAUUUGAGCUCUUUCGCCGCAUUCAGUGCAGGAUAUCCGACAUUGAAGCAAGAGCUAGACCUGAAACCAGGCGUGGAAUACCGUUUGAUCUAUGAAGACCAGUUGGUAGUCUUCACUAACAGCUGUCUCGAAGGAAAUUCUAGUCAUCAAUCGCCGCCUAUUCUUUUUCCUUUACUGGCUGAUAUUCCAUGGUCCCCGAAACAAUGGGGACUUUCAAUAAAAUGCUCUGGAGAUACCAAUGAAUUUGCAGCCAAUUUCGCCAAUGCUGUCAGGUCGAACAUUCUUGGACAAGCAGGUGAAGCUCUUCGCGACUGUGAGAAAAUCGUGGAAGUGGUGGAAAUUUCGCGAAACACUCUUCGAAAUCAGCUUAUGAGACUGAAAAUAGAACUUGAAAGUGUGCGUGAGAAAACAACUAUGCCGAUGCGUUUCACAAUACAUGCAAAGAUGCAUUCGUUUGCCCUUAUGCCUUUUGUGGAAAACGAUACGGAUAAGGCUGUUAUGGAUCGUAUAUGUGAAUUAGCUGAUAGAGCAGCGAAAGCACUGGAAACUUGUACAGACUACAUCAAUCAGUCGUUAAUUCUCACAGCUGAACAUUUGUCUGAAGUGGAUUCGUUAGAACUUAUCACAGUAGAAGAACCCGGGCUUGAAGAUGAACUUAAUGCUAUGCUCAGCGACGAUCCUCACUCUACAGCUAUUUACGAUUAUGAAAGGAAAAUUAGCCGACAAGUGCGUGGCAAGAAGAGCAGAACUAGCUGCUCAAGCUGUGUAACAAGUCAGAAAAAUCUAUCGUUCGCGUUCGUCGUAGAUAUGAGGGUAGAACUUAUGAGAUAUUGCAAUCUGAUAGACGACUGCAUUAGCGAUAUCGAAAGGCCCUUCCAAGAGCUCAAGAAUUGCAUGGAACGCAUUCAGGCUAACAGAAAUUUGGAUGAGCGUAGUUUCAGGAAGGCCUUACAAUAUUACAAGCAAGCAUCAAACAUAAUGAAUCAUACCCGCCUUGUUCACGAAAAAGCUCGUCUUCUACUCACUUUGGUUCAACAGAAGGACCACUCUCAGAAUGCAUCUAGUGUAAAUAUGGAGUGA